AUGGGAACGAAAAGACCCGGAGGCCGCGGAAUUGCUGCGCGGUACGAAGGGCGGCAAGGUCCGCAAGGGCCAGUCUGGAAUAUAAUGUCCCGGACUCCGCCACAUCCGCAAAACUCUUGGAGGCAACUUCAUUGCCUCCAAAUCAACCUCCACCGGGCUAUAGCAGCUUCAUACAGGCUCAGUGCCCUGGUGGAACAACACUGUCUGGAUUUUGUGGCCAUCCAAGAACCAUGGGCCACAAAGGGGCGCAUAAACGGUCUACAGACAAAAACGUGUAAGUUAAUCUAUGAUAAUAAUGUUGAUCGUCCUAGAACGGCGAUAAUGAUUAACAAAACCAUUAAAUCUCUUCCAAUUACAGAGCUCAUACAGCGUGAUCUGGUGGCGGUACAGGCAGAAGUGCCUAGUACU